AAAGUUUGCCUGUGGUUGCCAUAACGUACUCUGCUUGAGGGGAUCAGAGGAGUUGCGAGUAUGAAAAUCCUGAUUGCCCAUUUACUUGUGGCAAUCGUAUUUGCAAAACCGAAACCAUCAGCUGAGCCUCAUCCUGGAAGAGGCCAUGACAUUGAACUCCUUGGAGGAUUAGACUUCAGUCAUGGAUCAACAGGACUCAACACCGGAUACGACGGCGGACACGGCGGCCAAAGUGACCCCAUGAAUGGCAGGGGUCACGCCGGUGGAGAAGAGGGGGAAGGAUUGAGUGGAUUAUCACAGGGUCACCAGCACCUCCAUGGGAAGCGAAGUGCAAAUCCUGCGCCUGGAUAUAUUCCAGGAGGCCUAGGGUAUGGGGGGUUUCUCGGAGGAGGGCUAGAUUCGCUGGAAGAUAACCUCAACCUACGGAGAGGACUGGAAAGAAUGGGCGUCGGGAAAAGCAUCAUGGACAUGUUCGCUGGAUUAGAUUUGGGAGAUGCGAGUGGCUACGGCCCAGGAUUGGGCGGCGGCAGUUUUAGCGAUGAAUAUCUUACAUAUGAAGACUAUUUGAACGGCAGAAAGUUCCAUGGGCGGAAGCCCAAAAAAGGCUGAAGCCAUGGACAAUAAAUCGGGCAAGAGCAUGGAAGCCCAAAAGAGGCUGAAGCCAUGGAAACAAAAUCGGACAAGGGCUUGGUUUCUCACGGUAAUUUCCCUGGAAGACGAAGUGCUGACCCUACACCAGCUGGAGGAAACUAAAUCCUAAUGGCAACAGACUUUUCUUUAACACUGGAAUAUAUUUUAGAUGGGCGUGGGUAGAAGGGGUUGGAGGGAGGUAGGGAUG